UAUUUACUAACCCAUAUGAUCUCAUUAGGUUUCCGUCUUCUCCUCUUUUUCAUAGACCGGAAAGUCUCCAAGAGAAGGCUCUUUGGCACCUCCCAUCUCCUAAUUUGCUCUCACCCGAAAAUUCUCGAAGGUAUGAAUUUUUUAAACGGUCCAUAUACCAUGGUUGUGUCAGGAAUAUUCUAUUAAAGAGCCUGCUUCGCCACCUUUAUCAACCAGCGCCCCUACAUCCGCUCCUUCUCUCUCUCUCUCUCUCUCUCUCUCUCUAUAUCUCUUCUAUCAUUGUGACGGCCUUACCCUAAUAUGACGGAUACCGGGUUGCUUGACGAUGAACGCUCGGUCGAGCUGUCGUCCAUCGCGGCAAUCUAUCCAGAAAUCAAGAUCGACCCUUCGUCCCCUUUUAAGGCAUCUUUAGAUUUACCCGUCCAUCCUUCACCACCUUUACGAGUUUGUUUUCAGCAACAUCCAGAGACCGAGCUUCCAACAGUUCUGACUCCACCCACAUCUCUUGACGCCAGUGAAGUUGGUUUAGGCUUUGCAUCUGAGGACGUUGACGGAGGCACGAAGGCGGACCCCAAUGAAGACAUACAUGUCCUAUCGUACCUACCUCCUCUCUGUCUAGAGAUUGAACUGCCUGAAGGUUACCCGUCGGAGCAAUCUCCUGUCGUCGAGCUUAGCACGGAUCCUGGGUGGCUACCCUCCUCGAUUAUCUCAAGACUGGUAGAUGAUGGGAAACGCCUGUGGGAAGAAUGCGGGAGGGAUCUCGUUGUGUACACAUAUAUCGAUCAUCUUCAGCAAUUAGCCGAAACUGGCUUUGGUAUCGAUGACAUACCUGACGGUGAAGUGAGGCUCCCUCGAGAGCUAAAAAUCGCACUCCUAGAUUUCAACAACAAGGCUGAGAGAAGAGCAUUUGAACAGGAGACUUUUGAGUGUGGAGUAUGUCUCGAGCCGAAGAAAGGGGUGAUUUGUCAUCGGCUCUUGCUUUGUUCCCAUGUUUUCUGUGUGUCUUGUCUCCAAGACUUUUACAACACAUGUAUUACAGAAGGCGAUGUGGAUAGCGUCAAAUGUCUGGCACCGGAUUGUGGCAAAAAAGAAAAGCCCAUACGAAGCCAGGAAGGGCAAACAAAAAGACGCAAGAAAAAUGACCGAACAUUGAGCCCUAGCGAACUACUGCAGAUUCCCCUAGAGCAGGAAACCGUGCAGCGUUAUGUCUUUUUGAAACGAAAAAAGAAACUUGAGGCCGACAAGUCUACUGUGUACUGUCCUCGACAGUGGUGCCAAGGUGCAGCUCGCUCGAAGAGGCAUCCUAAGCCUAUUGACCCUAUGUCCGAUGACCUGGAUCCCUCCGAUGAUGAGGAUAUAGGGUUUGUAUUCGACCCGCUUGGGGAAGAAGCUCAGCUACCUCCUAUGGCGGAUCGAGUGGCUGUCUGUGAAGACUGCAACUAUGCAUUCUGCUGCGUCUGUAAGAAAGGGUGGCAUGGUGAGCUUGUGCGGUGCUUCCCCCGCCGGGAAGCAGAACUCUCGGUUGAAGAAAAGGCGACGGAAGAGUAUCUAAGGCUAUACACAUCAGCUUGCCCAACCUGCGAUGCCCCUUGUCAGAAACGUAUGGGCUGCAACCAUAUGAUAUGCUUUAAAUGCGACACGCACUUCUGCUACCUUUGUUCCAGCUGGCUUUCGGAAGAUAACCCUUACCGUCAUUUCAAUGAUGGUAACAGUUCGUGCUACAACCGACUUUGGGAUUUAGAGGGAGGUGAUGGUCUCAAUCCAGAUGGACCUGAAGCUCUUCAUCAGAUUCCAAACGAAUUGCUCCAACUCGACGACAGCAGCGAUGAUGAUGACCAGCCCGCAUGGGAUUUUGACGAUGGCGAUAACAACUUCAGACAGCAAGGCCACCCUCCGCCUCCUGCCCCAGCACCACCGCGUGUCAACCAGAGAGCCGGUGGCCCUGGGCAUCUCGAAGAUGGGCGCAAUUUAAAUGGCUUAGAUGCGGCAGGUAGGGCUGCAGCGGCCGAGAGGCAAGCACAGGCACGGGCAAUGGCAGAAGUACGAGGCCGGCCAAAUGCUGAAGGAGUAUUCAGACGACAAGGCCUUCAGAGAUUUUUGGAAUUGGUCCAAAAUGAUAGAGAAGAUGAAUGGGAUAGUGACGAACUAGAUGAUAAUUUUUGACGCACACCCUACCUUUCUUGAAAAGGAGGCUCACCCUCGGGGUAUCUUAAUUAUGUGUCAACGCCCAAAUUAUGUAUCAUGAUCAUGAGGAUUUUGCAUUUAUAUCAGCGCAUUGGUUCAUUUUCUUCGAAGCGGCAUUGUUUUAUACAUGUCAAAACUAUAUAUAUGCGACAAAAAC